AUGCGGAUAGCGGUUGAUAAGCUAGCUAGCUAAAGCUAACCUGGGUCCCUGCCUGUCAGUUGCUGAAAGCAGUGACAGCUGAACAUAUUAUUUCAUCCCUAGCUGUGCGCCCAAUACAAUCGCCACAAUGUUCGAGGAGGCUAGCGAAGUGUUCGAUAACAUGUUUAAAUCUUCGUUUCCCCUAACCUUCAUUGUGUUUAUCCCCGCGGUGUUGAUCCUGGUGUCACCGCUCCCGGCCGAGGCGGCACACGAGUUUACCGUGUACCGCAUGCAGCAGUACGACCUGCAGGGACAGCCCUACGGUACCAGGAAUGCCAUCCUGAAUACGGAGGCUCGUACUGUGGAAGCAGAGGUACUAAGUCGCCGCUGUGUUAUAAUGCGGCUGGCAGAAUUCUCCUACGAGGAGUACCAGAAAGCCCUGCGCCAAUCAGCGGGAGCUGUGGUCAUCAUCCUGCCCAAGAACAUGUCUGCUAUGCCCCAGGACAUAGUGCAGCACUUCAUGGAGCUGGAGCCGGAGAUGUUGGCCACCGAGACCAUCGUCCCCGUCUACUUUGCCAUGGAGGACGAUGAGCUGCUGUCCAUCUACACCCAAACCCUGACCUCCUCCUCCUCACAGGGCUCAUUGUCAGCAGCAGAAGUGCUGCUGCAUACAGCCACAGCCAACGGCUUCCAGAUGGUAACCAGUGGAGCUCAGAGUAAAGCCGUCAGUGACUGGGCCAUCACCAGUCUAGAGGGUCGUCUGGCUGGAGUUGGAGGAGAGGACCUGCCCACUAUUGUGGUGGUCACCCACUACGACUCCUUUGGUGUUGCUCCCUGGCUGUCGUACGGAGCAGACUCAAACGGCAGCGGGGUGUCCAUGUUACUAGAGCUGGCUCGUCUCUUCUCGAAACUGUACACCUACAAGAGGACACAUGCUGGGUACAACCUGCUGUUCUUUGUAUCUGGUGGGGGAAAGUUCAACUACCAGGGCACCAAACGUUGGCUGGAGGACAAUCUGGACCAUACAGACUCCAGUCUGCUGCAGGACAACGUCGCCUUCGUGUUGUGUCUGGACACCCUGGGGAACGGAGACUCUCUGCACCUCCAUGUGUCCAAACCUCCUAAAGAGGGAUCUCCUCAGUUUUCUCUACUUAAAGAGCUGGAGCUGGUGGCCGCUAGUCAGUACCCGGAGGUGAAGUUCUCCAUGGUCCACAAGAAGAUCAACCUGGCCGACGACAUGCUGGCCUGGGAGCACGAGCGCUUCGGGAUCCGCCGCCUGCCGGCCUUCACGUUGUCCCACCUGCCCUCCCAUCGCCUGGCUCAGCGCUUCAGCAUCAUGGACUCGCGGUCAGUGUCCCCCUCCUCUCGCCACGGAGCGGGAGAGCCCCCUGCUGGGCCUUAUGUAGAUGUGGAGAAACUCACCAGGAACACCAAGCUGGUAGCCGAGGCACUGGCCAGGGUCAUCUACAACCUCACCGAGAAGGGGGCUCCUGGGGACCUGCAGAUCUUCACUGAACAGAUGCAGGUGCAGGACGAGCAGCUGUCGGCGGUGGUGGACUGGCUCACAGCGCAGCCGCGAGCCGCUCAGCUGGUGGACAAAGACAGCAGCGUGGUGUCCACUCUGGAGUAUCACCUCGGACACUACCUCAAGGACGUCAAAAGACACUACGUCAAAGCUGACAAAAGGGAUCCAGAGUUUGUAUUCUACGACCAGCUGAAGCAGACUAUGAACGCUUACAGAGUGAAGCCUGCUAUUUUUGACUUGCUGCUGGCUGUCUGCAUUGCAGCCUACUUAGGGGUGAUGUAUCUUGCUAUCCAGAACUUUGGAGUCCUCUACAGCGUCGUACGUAGAAUCACUCAGCCCAAGACCAAGACCCAUUAAGGUGCACGACACCAUUUUUCUUUUUUUCCAGAUCCCCACACUUUUCCACAAAUCCAGGAACUUUUACCAGUAAGAACGCAGCAGCUGGUCCGAGCUGCUGUUCUCAUGAUGGUUUUCAAACCAGCAGAAUCUCUUCCGUUUCUUUCAUCCCGAUCCACAGACUGUGAUGUCGGAUCCUGUCCUGCUGCCCACUUAAUUCAUUUGGUCUCACGGACCGGAAUAAAUCAGGAAUCAUUUUUUUUACUCUCCCCGUCUUCAUGAACACAGAUGUCUCGUCAUUCAUUUAUAAUAAUCCCUCACGUCGGGACAUAUUUCAUUAUUUCGCUCUUGUGAGGGGAUGUAAAGCAUUUGUUCCGCACCUCUGAGAUCUAGAUGAGAUUAAGUCCUCUCCGUUCACCGUACGAGUGAUCGCUCUGCCAAACCGACGUCAUGUGUCGUCUCAGGCAGCUACGGGGAGAAACCGACCACGCAGAGUUUAGUCCAGAAUUUCUUUUUUGUCAGAUGUGUUCACCCAACCUGGUUGUUAAUUAAAGGAAAAGUUCACAUUUUUUAAUCUGCUUGAAUACAAUACUCACAUUUUCAUAAAGAGGUAUUUGUAAUAGUUCUUUCUUACCGUACGGACUCCCUCCUAAAUCCACAGUCCUCGUUCUGUUCUCGCCCCCACUGCUCAUCAAGGAAACACCGUCGGUGAAGUCACACAGAGGGAGUUUCAUACUAAGAAGACAGUUAACGUUAGAGGGUACUGACGGCACAGACAGGUCUGUGGAUUUUGUCUUCCAUCUCUUUCAGGGCUCCUACUCAGCAUUCAUAAGACUCGAUUGAUUGCUUAGAAUGAAACGUGUAAAAUAGUGAAAAAAUGCUCAACGCAGGUUAUCAGAGUCCAAGGUGAUGUCUUCAAAUUGCCUUUUCUGUCAGGCGAAGAGAACAAGUGACAACAAUAUAAAUAUUUACAACAAUAUAAAACCUAGAAAGGCAACAAAUUAUCAAAGUAUUUGGCGACAUUUCAUAAAUGAGCAUAAGAGUAUUACAUUGAGACAGACUUGAAAAUAAAUCUGAACUUUUCCUUUUUAGAUGUGUAGUGAAAAUGACAAAUAGUGUUUACGGAUAAGAUGAGCUGUCUAAAACAAUGUGAAGUAGUGUUUAGAUUAUCCUGAUUCAUUUGCCUUGGUAGUGCAUUUAUUAACAGAAACAUUUAAUUUAAUGCAAAAUAAAUCUUUGCCAAAUACUAAUGUAUUAAUCUCCUGUUAAAUCUAUAACCUUGUAGAAAUUUGAAGCUGAUUCCACCUUGAAAUUUUCCUUCUUACUUUUUGUGCCAUUUCUUUCUGUAGAUGAAGUUUGAUUUCUGUUGCUGUGACUUAAAGUUGUCUUUUUUUUACCUGAAUGGAUAAAAAAGUCCUGCUGAUUUUAAAAACAUGUUAAAGAAAGGUCACGUGCAACAGACAUGUUUCUCUAAGUGUAGUACAACACCGUGUCAUGACGAGAUAAAUCUCCGCCCCUUUAUCAGUGGAAAACUUAAUCUGCUGAAUGUGACCUUUUGCUGACUGCAGCAAUAAUGGGAUUUGAUUUAAUCCGACAUUUUUAAAGACGUGUCAAGAUUUUGGUCGAGCCAGCACUGCAGCAUUUGUACACCAGAUGUCUUAAAAUGGGAAAUAACACCAAAAGAUGUUGGAUUAAAUGUGGACAAAUAUCUUGAACUCGCCUAGAUUAAGUUGGUGUGUGUGUAAAAUUAAUGCUGCAGUGUUUCCUUGAACUCUUCUCUG